UUGGGUGCUCUGAGGCUGUUGUGAACAUCACUGAGACCCUGGGCUUGGGUGCCCCCAGCUGCUGCCCAGUCCAGUGUGGGACUUUUCUGGUUGGGAAGAAAUCAUCAGCUGAGAAGGAGUCAGACAUCAAGCCGAAGUCAUACCGGCUUCCUUGCCAGGGGGAGGAGCUCUCCUCGCUUCCGAUGACACGGUCACCACAGCAACACCUCCAGCAACCGAAGUGCAGGGAGCCCGCCCGCUACUGCUCCGGGAAUGCAGUGGUUAAAAACCCGCACCGAAGAACUGCAAUGUCGGCAGCCCGGAAUGAUUUGUUAGAUGAAGUCAAGAAUACGCCCCCUAAGCACAUUUUGGGCUAAAAAUGGACAACUGCUUUGUGGAAGAAGUGGCUGCAUCACUGGUGAGAGAAUUUCUCAGUAGAAAGGGUUUGAAAAAAACAAUCACUACCAUGGACCAAGAGCUCCCACGUUCUGCCCUUAGUAUCAACAACAGGAAUGAACUUCGAAGUGUCCUACACCUGCACUCCCUGUACAAACAGAACAAGGCAAAAGAGAACCCACUGAAGACACUUCUUGAAAUUAUUACUAAUUAUUUCCUGGAGCGCCAUGGGAGUUCCAGAAGGAUCAGUUCAAGUUCUGCUCUGUCAGCUCCUCAAAAUAAGAGCUCAACAGCUCAUCCACCUGACAGCUUGGAUGAAGAUCAUCUGCAUGGGGCUUCCAUUGUGCCUGAGGAGAGUGAAACCAAAGCCUACAGAGGUGAUGCCAAGAAUCCACCAGAUAAAAUCCUUCCAUCCAGAAAACAUCAGAACAAAAGUGAAAAAUGCCACACAGGGACAACACCCAACCCCCAUUUACCCUCUGAUGGGGAUAAGUUAAAAGAUAGUCGAGAAGAUUUAAAAACAGCAACGAUUUCUGAGGAGCUGAAAUCCAUGGUGAAGGAGAAGCCAAAGCCCAGGUCUGGUCUCAUUGUCAGAGGAAUGAUGGCUGGACCAGUAGCCAGCUCACCAGAGGAUCUGCAAAAAAAGAAGCUCUCAAAACAACCCACCAGCAUGAGCAGCACAGCACAGUUCAAGGGUGAAGGACAUGAAGAAAAUUACCAAUGUGUCCCAAGUACUGAUCUGCAAGAAAGCAAAGGAUCUCCAACACAAGUAAACAUGGAGUUGGCAUCAAAGAAUCUGUCAAGCUUGAAUACAAGUUCAUCCUCUGAAAAACUAAGGAACUACCCCAAAGGUACAGAUGACUCUUUAGCAGCACUUCUGUCCGAAAGAGACAGGAGCAAGACAGAAGAAAGAAAAUCAGUUUCAAGCUUUGGUACAGACAGCCAUGAAAAAAGCCUUAAAGUGAGUGCUUCUCACAGACAUUCAGGGUCUGGAAGAGAGAAGAGAGAAAGAUCCCUCAGGAAAAUAGAGUCUCGUUUGUCAGGCCACAGGAAGUCUCCAACAUCCACUUGCUAUAAAGAAGACCAGAUGAAAGAUGUCCUAGAAUUAGUUGAUGUUGAAGAUGAGGAAAUAACUGGAGAUAUUUGUAGGAACACAGAUCUUUCAACACUCUCUAUGCUUCAAGUUGUACCAAAGGCAAUUGAUAUUUCUCUUGCAAAAGAAUUAAAAAAUCUUUUAUUUGGCUCUACUCUUUCUUGCUUCAGUGAAGAAUGGAAAAUGCAGAGCUUUACAUUUAGUAACACACCACAGUUAAAAUAUGGCAUCGUGCAAAAAAAGGGUGGCCCAUGUGGAGUUCUGGCUGCAGUUCAGGCUUGUGUCCUACAACAGCUUCUCUUUGCAGACAGUAACAAGAAUAAAGACACUCGUUGUCUCCAGCCUUCAGAAACUCAGAGGACCAAGUGCCUUACCAUGGCUAUUGCAGACAUUUUGUGGCGUGCAGGAGGCAACGAGAAAGCAGUUGUGGCCCUGCCAUCAGGAAGACAACAGUUCACUCCCAUAGGAAAGUACAAGGCAGAUGGAAUCUUAGAAACUCUAAUACUACAUAGUGCCACAAGAUAUGAAGAUCUGAUUGUAUUUCUUCAGCAGAAUAUUCACCAGUUUGAAAUCGGUCCCUGUGGUUGCAUCCUGCUGACUGUGUCUGUCAUCUUGUCAAGAUCUAUCAAUCUGGUGCGCAAUGAUUUUGACGUCCUUACCAACCGCCUGAUUGGCAGCCAUGGUUACUGUACUCAGGAAUUGGUGAACUUGCUUUUGACUGGCAAAGCUGUGUCCAAUGUUUUCAACAACGUGAUAGAGCUGGACUCUGGAAAUGGGAAUAUCACAAUUCUGAAAGGUAUCACGAGUCGCAGUGAUAUUGGUUUGCUGUCCCUCUUCGAGCAUUAUGAUGUUUGCCAGGUUGGUUGUUACUUGAAGACCCCCAAAUACCCGAUUUGGUUGGUAUGCAGUGAAAGCCACUUCAGUGUCCUUUUUUGUUUGGAAAAGGAUGUACUUGAUGACUGGAAAACAGAGCAGAGAUUUGAUUUAUAUUAUUAUGAUGGCUUGGCCAACCAGGAAGAAGAAAUACGAUUAACAGUGGACACAACUCAGAUGUGUGCUGAAGAUAAAGAAAAUGAUCUCACUCCCCCACUUGAGCACUGUAUUAGGACAAAGUGGCGAGGAGCAGUUAUUGACUGGAAUGGCACAGAACCAAUCUUAUGACUGACCUGACCUGCACUUUAUCUGUAAAGACAAAAAGGAAAUGACUGAAUUAGCACAUUCCUAUUCCCACCAAUACAGGAAAUAGGACAUGAGUUGUGCAGUUUACGGUGAGGAAGAAUGACAGGGCUUGCAGGCUGGAAGAGUUUCACCUCAAUCACCUCUUGCUUCAGAUAUUUUGCUUAUAAUAUAAACAACACUUACGUAAAUUCCUUGCCACUGCCUUUAACAUACAGCUCCUGAGAGCAGACUCAGUUUCCACCUCUAAGUCAAGGUUACAAAUGAAGCAGUGAAGUCGUCAACGUCCCCUUGAGGUCUCUUUCUGGAUCCACUCAGUAUCCUGCAAUUGUUUCAAAGCAUCUGAUGAAAGAGACUGAGCCCAGUUUAUUGUCACUGUAUGCUGUAUGCCUUCCCUCUACUGCCUAGUUAUUCACCUUCAAAACUCGAGUGCAAGUGUAUAAUAUCAUCCAAGAAAUAUAUAUAUAUAUUCACUUCUCUACCUGGUACCAGUAAGUCUCAUUUUGCACUGAACAGAUUGGUGACCAUAUGGGCUCUUCAGGUAAAGCCUGACCUAUCCAAAGCUCUUGUUGUGUCAUAAAAUUUGCCCUCAGGAUUAUGGUUUUGUGUUACCAGAACAUUAGUACAUACUUUAUACUGGAUGCAAUUGGUGCUUAAAGGUGCCUCGUGCUGGUGUAACUUAUUUUUCUUUCUGGAUAAGAAAAAGCUGGACCAUAUCUUUAAAUUUCUACCAGUGUGUCUACUUAGACUCUAGGGUUUAUUUACACCAUAGUGACAGAUAAGUUCUGUGGUUUGCUUCUUCAUAAUUACAAGAAAACAGGAGAGCUGUUAGGUUUGAAAAUUAAAUGGUGCCUAUCUGUGAUAGCUGCCAUUUUUCAU